AUGACCCUCACCAAUCUCCGCCUUGCCGCGCAGCAGAAGAACGCUGUCCGCCGUGAAGCUCGCCGUGGACAGAUCAAGCUGACGUGGGCCCAGAUCGUCACCGGGAUCAAUAUCACCGAUGAGGCGGCGCCGGAAGAGCCGAUCAGCACGGUGGAGUUGCCGCCGAUGAAGGCUCCUCAGCUGGCCAUCACCUGGCCAUAUGAAUUGCCCAAUCCCCGUGCCGACCUGCGUCUGAAUGGCCACCUCUGCUCGCCUACAACGCUCCGCUCCGUGUACACCAUCGCCCUGCCGCACGACGAGAAGCUGAUCUCAAUCCUUCCCCCUCCCCGCCAGCCGCUUCUGGCCAUCUGUGCUCCUCCGGCACCGCCAGUGUUGAAGGGUGGCGCUGACUUUGCCGUGUUGAUGGGCAGCCGAUACUUCGACCAGUUCCGCCACACUCCGGCCGUCGACGAUGCUGCAUCGACGACGUCAAUCGGCACCGGCUUCUGCCGUCGCUAUGGCUUCAGCACCGCCUCGACCACGUCCGUCGCCACCGAUGGCUACGUCGCCGAUUCGGAAUCGUCGCUGGGCUCGGUGCAGAUCGAUUCGCAAGCCCGUUUCUACGAGUACGAUGUGGCGACGGAUGAUUCGCAGCUGAGCGUGCACUCGUCGGCUGGCCAUACCCCGAACCCGAGGGUGACCAGCUCGGAAACGUCCGUGUCCACCACUUCGGUGCUCGAGGCCGACUUCUACCCGGAUGGCUCUGAUCGCUGUGACUGCCCGACCUGCUCUCGUGCCAUCCAGACGAUGGCCGGCUGCCCGGUGCGGCUGAUGGAGCUGUUGGCCCAGGGCGAAGAAGAGUCUGAUGACAUUCUGGCCACGGCGGCCAUCUCCAGCUCCUCGCUUUUGCUCAAUCUCUAUGCUGAGGAUGUGGAUGGAUGUGAAUGCAUCGUCUGCCUUGAUGCCAUGAGGAUGAUGGCAGCGUGCCCGGUCGCCCAGGACAGGUUGCUGUUGAAGAGCACCAGCAGCCAGGCUUCCACGGUGGCGCAGACCUACUCGGACGCAUCUGAGCUACACACCAGCUACAGCAACAGCGGAUCGCCUUCCUCGGCCUACAUCAUGAUCCCCCAGCCGGCCUCUUCGGAUAUCUCUGUGGAGCCAGUGGCCGCCGAGGUGAAGCCUUCCGACGAGAAGCCAGCCCCGGUGCGCAAGUCCCGUGCGGAGAUCGAGCACUCGUUGGACUACUGGAAGAACUGCCAGCUGAUCUGCGCGAUGAGGGUGCGCUCGGCGACCGCGGCCCUGGACAAGCUCAGCUCUGACUGC